AUGCGGUCACUCUUUGACGGCACACUCGCGAAAGGAGCCGAUAUAUCUUCACAGCAAAUUGACAACCUCGGGAUUUCAUCAUUACCACCACAAUGGUGGGAAAGAUGGGAUGCACGGCACGAAUACUUUGACAAGGGAGGCAUACCUCCUGGGAACUGCACAGUGAAUCCGCUUCUUGAGCAGGCUUUUGUGGAGGAGAUACAAGCUGCACUAAGGGAGAAAGGAGUUGAAGCGUUCAGUGAAGAGGAAAAAGCAGCUGUUCUGGCUAUUUUUCGAUCAAUGCUCGUUUUUGAUCAUGAGAAACGGGCUUCAGCAAGGUCGUUACUGGCAUCUGACUGGAUGAUGAACUGA